AUGUCACAACAGAAAACGGCGCACGACCACCUUGCGGUUCUGCGGGACUCCUUGCGCAAGUCGACUCCCUGGACGUCUGGCGUGCUCGACGUCCGCCCCGACGACCUCGUGUUGUUUUACAGACAGGGGCAGGGUGCUAGGGAUGCACGCUCUCUGACAUUCGGGGCGACGACGGAGGAGCAGCUGGAGGAGCUUGCGAAAGCGUGUACCCCAGCGACGUUUGGCCUGGGAACAGAAGACGUCCUCGACGAGAGCUAUCGCAAGGCGGGGAAACUCGAUAUCGCCGACUUUGCGUCUUCUUUGGACCUUGGCACGCUGCGACUCGUGGAGGCGAUUAGUCCCGACUUGCUGGAUGGGCGGGACGAUGUGGGGGAGAAAGGCAUCAGGGCGGAGCUCUACAAGCUCAACGUUUACGGCCCCGGCUCGUUUUUCAAAGCACACAAGGACACCCCGCGUGCCGCCGACAUGAUCGGCUCGCUCGUCAUUGUCUUCCCCUCCGCGCACGCUGGUGGCCAACUCUCACUUUCGCAUGGCGAAAGCAACACCUUCUCGUUCGACUCUGCGGCGCUUCUCGCCAACAAACCCGGCUCUAUCGCCUUUGUGGCCUUCUUCAGCGACGUCACCCAUGCCGUUGAGCAGGUGGUUAGCGGCUACCGCGUGACGCUGACCUACAAUCUCUUCCUUGUGGACACACCCAUGGCUACUCGCCAGCUUUCUGUCCCCGAAAGUGCCUCUGAAGCAGCACUGCGCGCGCUGCUGGCCAACCCUAAAUUCCUUCCAGCGGGCGGCCUGCUUGGAUUCGGUCUUGAACAUCAGUACCCCGUGCCCAAGACAGCGUCCGACCCCGCAACGCUCGCCGCCGUGCUUACCGUCCUGAAAGGCGCUGAUGCUCGGCUGCAGAGCGCGGCUGCCCGCGUGGGCCUGGAAAACUUCGUCAAGUUGGUAUACAAGACCCCAAGAGGCUGGGAUAGGAAGGGCGGGGAGAACGUCGUGCUCGAGAAGGUCAUGAACUUCGGGAGCGUAUGGGACGAAGACGGGGAGGUGGCGCAAAUGCUCGAGCGGCAGGGCGAGGUGCUGCGCCCGGCUACGGAGGCGGACAUCGGGAAAGCUGCGGAGGGCGCAAGGCCGGAGGAAGCUAUGGAGGAGGCAGACGACGAAGACGAUGAUUACGAGGAGACGGACUCGGAGGACUACGAGGAUGCAGACUCGGAUACAGACGGAGGGCGGAACGACAAGCGGACGGCGGUAUUUUGGGUGACGAGGCCCAAGGCCAAGCUCAACCGUGCCGACUCGCCGUUCAUCGCGAUGGGGAACCAGGCGGAGAUGGGCCACUCGUACGGCGAUGCGGCGCUGUUUGUGCGGUUCCCACCCAUGGAUCAACGUGUGUAG